AUGAGCGAGGCUAUCCUGUCAGACCUCGCGGCUAGCGAUCCAGACUGGAAGACAUGCGCGCUCCGAUACUUUAAUUCCGUCGGCUGCGAUGCCUCGGGCAUGCUGGGCGAGGAUCCGAGAGGCUCGCCGAACAACCUCAUGCCCCUUGUGAUACGCGUCACGGAGGGCAAGAUGCGCGAGCUCAGCGUCUUUGGGUCGGACUGGGAUACCGAGGACGGCACUGCGAUACGGGAUUUCAUUCACAUCAGUAAUUUGACCAGGGGGCAUGUCGCUGCUAUUGUUACGGGGCUGGACACCAAGUCUGCGUGUGGUUUCCAUAGCAUCAACCUUGGUACCGGGAACGGCAGCUCGGCGAGGGAAGUUGUGGAUACCAUGCAGGCUGUGUCGGCGAAAGAGAUCAAGACCAAGUCGUCUGGGAGGAGGAGGGCGAUGUGGGGUCCCGGGAUGAGUCCUCGCAUUACAAUCGCUGUAGCAAAAAUCGAAUAA